AUGAGGUACGGAUCUGUGAUCGUUGCUGCUGGGGGCUCAGCUUUGCUCAGUUUCUGCCUCCUCGCAGUGGCAGUUGGGACUGACUACUGGUACAUCAUCGACGUGACUAAACCCAACCACACAGGCUCAGACGACCUGAGUUCUCACUCUGGACUGUGGAGGAUUUAUGGAGCAAACAGUAGUUCGGUCAUCCCUUCUUUCACGGCAAACAUGUCCAGCCUGUCAGAGGUGGAAAGGCACCUUCUCGGCUUACACAAGGUGGUGGUCAUCCUGCUGCCCCUCAGCCUGGUCAUGCUGGUGUUUGGCUGGAUCUUUGGGCUUGUCAGUUCGCUGGCCCGCAGCCCGAAAUUGUUGGCCGGAUCAGCAACACACCUUCUCCUCUGCAGUUUUUUCACCCUGUGCGGCGUCAGCAUCUACAUCAAAUAUUCAAACCGGGCCAUGGAGGAGUUCCAGCAGAUCGUGUCCCCGGAGGACCUCGUCUAUGUGCACGUGUCCUUCGGCUGGUCCUUGGCCCUGGCCUGGCUCUCCUACAGCCUGGAAGUGACCACCGGCCUGCUGCUCAUGCUCGCCGCUACAAUAACUCAUAUGAAGGGACGUUAUGACUCUGGAGUGGUUAUCGCCAUGUUAUAG